CAUCAUGGGAGAUUUCCACAAUAUCCCUCAUCCACGAAGAGGUCGAUCAGAUGAACGGUGUCGAUCACUGAAUGAUGGGCCUCACAUGCCCGAAGCCGUACAUUUGCUGAUGAAGAGAACCCUUAAUAAUUCCCCGUCAUUUGAAUCCUCCCCGAUCAAACAGAGGAAUACCAGAGAGCUCUUCUGCAGCUCAUCCCCAUCACCACCAUCAUCAUGUCGAUAGAGCUGAAACUUUCCCGUGCAACUCGUGUCUACCGCGCCAGCGAACCCAUCGAAGGCAAAAUCAUUGCAACGCUACCUUCUUCCAUAUCCCACCAAGGGGUUCGCAUUACCGCCAACGGAACUGUUAAUUUACAGAUUCGAGGUGGAGUUUCCGGAGUAAUUGAGACUUUGUACAGUGCAAUCAAGCCAAUAUCCAUUGUGAGUAAGAGUACUGAAAUUAGAUCUUCUGGAAAGUUAAGCCUGGGCAGAACGGAGAUACCAUUUUCCCUGAUUUUGAGUUCUCAAGGACGUGAAAGUUAUGAAAGAUUUUAUGAAACCUUCCAUGGGGCAAAUAUCAGCAUCCAGUAUCUGAUAACUGCAGAUAUAACAAGAGGAUACCUACAUAAAUCUCUAUCUGCUACGAUGGAGUUCAUAAUCGAAAGUGAUAGGGCCAAUCUUCUGGUGGGGCCAGUUUCUCCUGAAAUGGUUAGCUUUUACAUUACUCAAGACACUCAGCGGCAUCAGUUACUUCCUGAAUUGCGAUCAGGUGGAUUCCGAAUUAUGGGAAAAAUCUGUACCCAGAGUUCUUUGUCGGAUCCUGUUAGUGGUGAUCUAACCGUUGAAACAUCUGCAGUUCCCAUACACUCCAUUGAUAUUCAGUUGCUUCGAGUAGAGUCGAUUCUCGUUGGAGAUAGGGUUGUGACUGAGACCUCUGUGAUUCAGACCACACAGGCAAGCAACUUUUCAUCACUUGACAAACUAAUAGCAGACGGAGAUGUUUGCCGAUCCAUGACUCUACCCAUCUAUGUCAUGAUUCCACGGCUUUUGGCAUGUCCUACUGUGUUGGCGGGGCCAUUUUCGAUCGAGUUUCAGGUUUCCAUAAUCAUUAGCUUCGAGUCUGAGAUAUCCAAACUAUAUCCCAAAUCUGAUCUCAGGACACCUAGGCUGUGGCUGGCAAUGGAGACGCUACCACUGAGAUUAUACCGGACGAAGUGAGUGGUAAUGAAUGGCAAAAAUGCCAAAAUCUUCAUUCUAUACUGGCGUAAACAACAACCUGCAGUGAAUUAAUGUAUUGCCUUGAUUAGUAUUCUCAGAGUGAUGAUUUGGCACUACGUUGGUAAUUGGGUUGUCUCGUAUAAUCAUAUUGCUGAUUGGAUAUGUGAUGCAUAAUUAAGUUUGCGUUUGGAUGUGCA